AUGACCGUCCACCUUGUUGGUUUGGGUAUUUAUCCAGGAUGUUGCUGGGCAUUUUCCGUAGUGGCACCAAUAGAAGGAAUUAUAAAGCUUAAGACAGGUAACUUAAUAUCAUUAUCAGAGCAACAACUUGUGAACUAUGAUGUUGGAAAUAAAGGCUGUCACGGUGGUCUCAUGGACACUGCUUUCCAAUAUAUUAUACGAAACGAAGGGCUAACAAGUGAAGAUAAUUACCCCUACCAAGGAGUAGAUGGCACUUGCAGUAGCGAGAAGGCAGCAUCUAUUGCAGCAGAAAUAACUGGGGAUGAAGACGUGCCAAAGAAUAAUGAAAAUGCUCUCCUGCAAGCUGUGGCCAAACAGCCAGUAUCUGUUGGUGUUGACGGUGGUGGGAACGAUUUCCAGUUUUAUAAAAGUGGUGUCUUCAAUGGGGAUUGUGGGACACAGCAAAACCACGCGGUUACUGCAAUUGGAUAUGGUACCGACAGUGAUGUGACUGAUUAUUGGUUGGUGAAGAAUUCGUGGGGAACCAGUUGGGGUGAAAGUGGGUAUACGAGGAUGCAAAGAGGCAUCGGUGCAAGCGAAGGCCUAUGUGGCGUUGCCAUGGAUGCUUCUUAUCCGACUUCUUGA